AUGUGCGACGAAGACGUAGCUGCAAUUGUUAUUGACAAUGGUUCUGGUAUGUGUAAAGCUGGUUUCGCUGGAGAUGAUGCUCCACGUUCAGUAUUUCCCAGUGUUGUUGGUCGUCCACGUCAUCAAGCUGUUAUGGUUGGUAUGGGUCAAAAAGACUCAUAUGUUGGAGAUGAAGCACAAAGCAAACGUGGUAUUCUAACAUUGAAAUAUCCCAUCGAACAUGGUAUCAUUACUAACUGGGAUGAUAUUGAAAAAAUAUGGCAUCAUACAUUUUACAAUGAAUUACAUGUUGGAAGAACUUAA